AAUUAUUGCCCAUUUAAUUUGCUUCUAUUAAGAGCCCACCCACGUGGCACAAUUAACUCGGCAGUAAAAGCUUAAAAGCUAAUAAGCUACAAGGCAAAUGGUGUUCCCACUGCUCAGAUCACUUCUAUCAAGACCUUUCUCUUCGUCUGUUCAAUCCGCAGGCUACCUGAGACGGCUACACAGCCUACAGUGCGGAGGCAGGACCCAUCUAUCACACUCGAACUCGAGGUCAUUUCUCUGUAUAAAUGGAUCUCAAUCAAUGUCCGUCUGGUACAAGAAGCUACUGACGGUUAGUAGUGGAGGUGUGAGGGUUUGGAGCAGCUCGUCCAGUGGUGAUGAGGGGGAGGGGCACGACGGAGAAGAGGAGGAAGAGGGCGGGGUACUCGGGAUAGAGCUCCUCCCAGCCAGCAAGAUGCACGCCAUUGCACCAGUUUCACUACCUGAUAACUUUCCGGAAGUGCCUAUUCUGGCCAUCGCAAGAAAUCCAAUAUUCCCAAGAUUUGUCAAGAUACUUGAGAUUAGUGACAAGGAUUUGAUGAAGAUUGUUCGUCAAAAGGUCAAGUUAAAUAUGCCCUAUGCCGGAGCCUUUCUCAAGAAAGAUGACAGCAACGAGAAUGAUAUCAUUACAAGCCUGGACGAGAUCUAUGAUGUGGGUACGUUUGUUCAGAUCACCGAGCUUCAUGAGGUGGGGGACAAGAUGAGAAUGAUAAUACAGGGACAUCGAAGGAUAAAAGUAACGGGUCCAGUGGAGGUACAAGUGGAACAAAGCCAAGAAAAAGAAAAAAAAAAGAAACAGCGUAAACCAAGGAAAAGCAUCCUUGAGAAACUCAUUUCCCCGGAUGCAGUAGAUCAACAAGAAGAGAAAAAAAAGAAAGGAAAGAAUGCUCCUAAACCUGAUGGAGGGGAUGAUGAGAAGGCAGCGUCCGAUGGGGAACCUAAAAUACUCAUGGUCCGAACUGAAAAUCUCACAAACAAUUCUUUCGAGCAGACACAAGAAACAAAGGCUGUGUCUGCUGAAGUGAUCAAGACCAUCAGAGAUAUCAUUGCCCUCAAUCCUUUAUACAGGGAGUCUUUAGCGCAGUUGGUGGAGGCAGGAAAGAAGGUGGUGGAUGUUCCCACACACUUGGCUGAUUUCGGGGCUGCUCUGACGAGUGCUGACUCGGAUCAAAUGCAGUCUGUCCUCGCCUGCAUGGACGUACCCGAGCGUCUGAUGCUCACCCUGGAGCUGCUUAAGAAAGAGUUUGCCGUAGCCACCCUUCAACAGAAGCUUGGUAAAGAGGUCGAAGAGAAGGUCAAUAAGAUGCAACGCAGAUUCUUCCUGCAAGAGCAGCUCAAGAUAAUCAAGAGAGAGCUUGGACUCGAGAAAGAUGACAAGGACGCCAUUUCUGAGAAGUUUCGUGAGCGUGUAAAGGAUCUCAUAUUGCCUGAGGGGGUGCAGGAAGUGUUUGAGGAGGAGCUGAGCAAACUCUCGUAUCUCGACAACCACUCCGCUGAGUUUAGUGUAACACGUAACUAUCUUGACUGGCUAACAAACAUGCCCUGGGGGAAGUACAGCAAGGAGAACUCUGACCUCCAGCAAGCAAGGGAAGUGCUGGAUGAAGAUCACUACGGACUACAGGACAUCAAAGACAGGAUACUGGAGUUCAUUGCUGUGAACCAACUCAACAACUCUGCUCAAGGGAAGAUCCUCUGCUUCACUGGACCCCCUGGAGUGGGCAAGACCAGCGUGGCUCGCUCCAUAGCACGAGCUCUCAACAGAAAGUAUUUCCGGUUCAGUGUGGGGGGUAUGACCGACGUUGCCGAGAUCAAAGGUCACAGACGCACGUACAUUGGUGCUAUGCCCGGCAAAGUCGUCCAGUGCAUGAAGAAAGUGCAGACAGAGAACCCGCUCAUCCUGAUUGACGAGGUGGACAAGAUUGGCCGGGGGGUGACUGGGGACCCGUCCUCUGCCCUCCUUGAGUUACUCGACCCGGAACAGAAUGCCAACUUCCUAGAUCACUAUCUCGAUGUACCCGUUGACUUGUCUAAGGUGUUGUUCAUAUGCACUGCCAAUGUCGUGGACACAAUUCCAGGCCCUCUAUAUGACAGAAUGGAAACUAUUCAAGUAUCUGGCUACGUUGCCGAGGAGAAGCUCGCUAUAGCUGAGAGAUAUCUGAUCCCCCAGGCAAGAGUGGGUGCGGGGAUUAAUGAAGAUCAGCUGACUGUAUCAGGCGAUUCGGUUGGCUCACUCAUCAAGUGGUACUGCCGGGAAAGUGGCGUUAGAAACCUGCAGAAGCAAAUUGAAAAGAUAUUCCGCAAGGCUGCUCUGAAACUAGUCGAACCCAAAGACCCUAGUAUCACUUCUAUCGCUGUCUCUACAGACAAUCUUAAAGACUUUGUUGGGAAUCCAAUCUUCACCUCUGACCGUAUGUACGAGACCACACCCCCUGGAGUCGUCAUGGGACUUGCAUGGACUGCCAUGGGUGGCUCCACCCUCUAUAUCGAGACUGCCCUGACUACACCGCCACGCACAGCUGCACAGAGUGAUGGGAGGGAGGGCAGUGAUGGGGGGAGGUUGUUGUCUACCGGGCAACUCGGUGAUGUCAUGAAAGAAUCGACUGAGAUUGCCUACACUUAUGCUAAGUGUUUUCUAGCUGACAAAUUCCCUGAGAAUGAGCUCCUCUCUUCCUCUGCUAUCCAUCUCCAUGUUCCAGAGGGGGCCACACCCAAGGACGGGCCGAGUGCGGGGGUGACAAUUGUCUCCGCCCUCCUCUCCCUCUCACUUGGUAAACCAGUCAGACAGGAUGUGGCUCUAACUGGAGAGGUCUCGCUCACCGGCAAGGUCUUGCCAGUUGGUGGUAUCAAAGAAAAGACUAUCGCUGCGAAACGCUCGGGUGUUCACUGUAUUGUCUUGCCUGAGGCCAACAAGCGAGACUUCAACGACCUGCCAGAUUUUGUGAAGGAGGGAGUGGAAGUACACUUCGUUGAACAUUAUUCGGACGUUUUUGAUAUUCUGUUUUCAAACUAAAGAGAACCAUUUAAUUAGAGUUCAUGUAUAACCAACCUCUUUCUUUGUUUGCGGAAAGUAUAUUGUAUAAUAAUAAUUAUUGGCCAAGGACAUGGAAAAUUA